AUGUAUGGGCGUUACACCCAGGAGCUGGGGGUGUAUGCCAAGGAGGAGGCGGCCCGCCUGCGGGAUGGAGGCGUGCGGGACGGCGGUGGCCUGCGGAGGAACACCAGCGUUCGAAGCCGCACCGCAGACCUGCUGGAGUACGAGAAAGACCCCUGUGCAAAGUGCCAACUUUGUGCAUCUCGCUGCCAGAAGUUCUUGAUCUCACGGGUGGGAGAGGACUGGAUCUUCCUCAUUUUGCUGGGGCUGCUCAUGGCUCUGGUCAGCUGGGUCAUGGACUACGCCAUCGCCUUUUGCCAAGAAGCACAGAAAUGGAUGCACGCUGGCCUGGACAACAACAUGCUUCUGCAAUACAUUGCCUGGGUCUCCUACCCGGUGGUGCUCAUCACUUUCUCUGCAGGAUUCACUCAGAUACUAGCGCCUCAGGCUGUUGGUUCAGGCAUUCCUGAGAUGAAGACAAUACUGAGAGGAGUUGUUCUCAAGGAGUACCUGACUUUUAAGACCUUUGUGGCUAAAGUCAUCGGUCUGACCUGCGCUCUGGGAAGCGGGAUGCCUCUGGGGAAAGAGGGGCCCUUCGUUCACGUGGCCAGCCUAUGUGCUGCUCUCCUGAGCAAAUUAAUGGCGGCGGUUUUCGGAGGGAUUUACAUGCUGAAGGAAGAGCCCUUUGAGGGAAGCAAGAAUGAGCUGAGGAACACGGAGAUGCUGUCGGCUGCCUGUGCUGUGGGUGUUGGCUGCUGCUUUGCUGCGCCUAUCGGAGGUGUGCUGUUCAGUAUCGAAGUCACGUCAACGUUUUUUGCAGUCAGGAACUACUGGAGGGGCUUCUUUGCUGCCACCUUCAGUGCGUUCGUGUUCAGAUUGCUGACCGUCUCGAACCAGGAGGAAGAGACCAUCACCGCUCUCUUUAAGACGCGCUUCCGUCUGGAUUUCCCUUUCGACCUUCAGGAGCUGCCGGCGUUCGCCAUCCUCGGGAUUGCUUGUGGGUUCGGGGGAGCUCUGUUUGUGUACCUGAAUCGACACAUUGUGGAGUGCAUGAGGAAGCAAAAGACCAUUAACAAGUUCCUGCUGAGGAAUCCGUCUCUUCCUGUCAGGCGGCUGGUGUACCCCGCCCUCGUCACCCUGCUGGUGUCCACGCUCACGUUCCCUCCUGGCUUCGGGCAGUUCAUGGCUGGACAGCUGACGCAGCACGAGUCUCUGGUUGCUCUGUUCGACAACCGCACCUGGUGUCGCCAGGGUGUGGCUGAGGAGUUUGACUACAUCAGCCACCAUCACGCCUGGAAACACCCCCAGGUCAACAUCUUCAUCACGCUCAUCCUCUUCAUCGUCAUGAAGUUCUGGAUGUCUGCUGUCGCCACCACCAUGCCAGUCCCGUGUGGAGCCUUCAUGCCCGUCUUUCUUAUUGGUGCAGCAUUCGGCAGAUUAGUUGGUGAAAUCAUGGCAACCAUGUUCCCUGAUGGCAUCCACGGAGAUGUGUAUCCUAUAGUUCCUGGUGGUUAUGCUGUUGUUGGCGCUGCAGCGCUCUCUGGUGCGGUCACUCACACCGUUUCCACAGCGGUCAUUGUGUUUGAGCUGACCGGCCAGAUCUCCCACAUCUUGCCUGUGAUGAUCGCAGUGAUUCUGGCCAACGCCGUGGCACAAGCGCUCCAGCCGUCCCUCUACGACUCCAUCAUUCGCAUCAAGAAGCUCCCAUAUCUACCAGAGCUGGGGAUGGGACAUCACGAGAAGUAUAACAUCCGCGUAGAGGAUAUCAUGGUCCGAGAUGUGCGCUUCAUCACCUUGAAUUCUUCGUACAGAGACCUGCAGGAGAUGCUGCUGACUGGGCAUCUAAAAACCCUCGCCCUGGUUGAAUGUAGAGACUCCAUGAUCCUGCUGGGCUCCAUAGAGCGACUGCAGCUGCAGUCGCUCCUGUCUCUCCAGCUGAGCCGCCAGCGGAGGCUCGAGUACCUUCGUCAGCUGGCCCAGGACAACGGUGCUCACGAUCCCCUGCCCAGCCUGACCUCCGACAGCACCCCCAGCUCCCCCUGCGCCCACGUUCACCUCAACACCCCCACCAACACCAGUGCUCGCCAAGUUGUCCGCUUCCUGGUGAGCACCCAGCAGAUCUCCACAGAGGAGUCUUCCUCCUUCAGCCCGGCGGCGUCCAACGCUCAGCUUCCUCUGAAGUCGGCCUUGAAAACCGUGUCGGCCAUCAGCGACGCAGAGACGCCAAACAGCUCACAGACCCUCUCCUGUGCGGAUCCGGAGAACGAGCUGCUGGAGAGUCCGGCCGGGCCGGCGUCUCCUGACAAAACAAAGCCCAAGCCCAAAGGAGUGAGGAUCUCCAUGGCGGAGUCUUCUGAAGUGGAAGAUUGCAUGACUCCCUCAGAGAUAGCAGAGUGGGAGGAUCAGCAGCUUGAUCAGCUGGUGGAUUUCAAGAACUGCAAGAUUGAUCCCGCCCCCUUCCAGCUGGUGGAGCAAACGUCUCUGCACAAGACUCACACUAUCUUCUCUCUGCUGGGCCUGGGUCACGCCUACGUGACCAGCAUGGGACGGCUAGUUGGAGUGGUUUCACUCAAAGAGCUGCGUAAGGCCAUCGAGGGCUCGGUCACAGUGACUGGAGUGAAAGUGCGCCCUCCUCUGGCCAGUUUCCGUGACAGUGGGAACAGCACGAGCGUAUCUGAGGUAACAGAACUACACAAGCUGUGCAUGCGUCACAGAGGGCUGUCCUUGCCACGGGAACCUAAGCCUCCCAACCCGGCAAAAAAGCUGGACCUUUCGUUCAAAGACGUCCCCGUCAGCUUCUCAGACAAGACUGAUUUGCAAUUCGAAAGCAGCGAUAACCAGUUGUCAGACCUCGUCCUUCAAGAAAGCCCCUCAUUCACCGAGGACAAAUCAGAGUUUACUUUUGACUGUAGCCCCUCUCACACCGAGGAGUCGGAGCUGGGCUGCGACCACGACCCCGCCGACCCCACGCCGGCGCCGGACGAGGUGGAGCAAGAGCACAGGAGUCCAACUCUAAACACGGACCAAUCAGAACCUGGGGGAGAGGGUAGCACUGUCCACACCAAGGACCAAUCAGAAUGCUAAUCUAAAGCUUAUCUAUACUGUCUCCUCAUAAGUGUAUCUGUUUCUUAAAUUUGCAUCAGUCCAGCCUAGACACUUGUGUUUCUAACCCAGUGAUGUGAGCGAAUGUCUGUUGAUAGGGGAUGGUCGAUUUUAUUUCUUUUAUUAUUAUUAUUAUUAUUAUUUUUUUUUUAGCCAUCAACAGAUCAUUUAUGAAAGACCAAAUAUUUCUGUAUUUUCAAAAGUGUCCGCAUCAAGGUUUGUUUAUCGUCGGAAAACAAGGAUGGUCCCAGACAAAUGUUGCAGAAAGCCUCCUUUCCCCUCGUGUGCUGCUGAUAAAGUUUGUUAACGACAAACAGGAAAUCAGGAGGUGUGAAGUCAGAAAGCUUAAAGCACAAGGCUCACAAAUCACAGCUUGAACAGCAAAACUGAAUUUUGCUGACCAAGUCACAAUGUAGGAAAAAAAGCAACUUGGCCUCAACGGGGUAAAGAAGACUGCUUUGACUAAAAAUAGGUGUGAGGUGUCUAUUUAGAAGUAUUUGCAUUGUUGCAGGGGAGCAAUGCUGAGUUGGUUGAGAAACUCAACAAGGAUAAGUUAGUGCCUAGGUUGGCUCCUGAUAUUAAUCAGAGUUCCUUCUGAAGUAGCUGGUGACAAACCCCUGAUCACAGAGAGAUCUUCUACAUCACAGUUGUGGAUAAAAUGGGAUAGCUGUUUUGUGAUUCGGGUCCUAUUGAUUGUAAGCAAAGGGAUGUCUGCUGAUGCAUUUGAGUGACUUGUUGGCAAGUGGCAAUAUGUAAUCAAUAUUACCCCCUUAACCUUAUUUUUACAUCAUUAAUAGUCACAUCACAACUACACACUUGAAUGUAUUUUAUUGGGAUUUUAAGAGGAAAGGGAAAAAAAAGACUUUUAUUUAUGAAUGAAAUGUUUAAAAUGUGACAUCUGCCCAUUAAGUUUUGCUUUAAUCUGACCAGAGGCCCUUCUUGUCUCCUUAUGGUGGCAAUUCAAAACUGCAAGCAUUUGUUGGAUUUUUUUUUUUCUACUAAUAUUUGCUUUUUCCCUGAGACGUUUGCAGCAUGGCUGUAUCCUCAGUGUUUAAAAUAAACUAAACACACCUGGAUUCUAUUUUCUAACCAGGAGGCAAUUGGUCACACAUGAUUUUAUUUGGAGAAAUGGGUUGAUCAGACCACACACAUUUUCAUAUUUUUGUAUCUUUUCCCUUUCAGUUCACAACUAUGUGUUACUCUAGACUGGUGUCUUAAAAUCCCGUUAAAAUCUAUUAAUGUUUGUGGUUGUAACAAACGAAACGUGUUAAUGGUGACUGAUCAGAGUGCAUGCGUCCUAUUCUAUGAAGACAUAAAUAAAAAAAUGUGUUUGGUUCUUUUCUGGUCUAAAAAUCACGGUAGAAACAACAUCAGGUCAGAAACGACUCAUAGCACAUUACGUGUCGUCAGAACUCAGAACCACUGUGUGAAUAAUAUAUCCACCAUUAUUCAGCAAGCACUAAAUUUAACAGCAGUACCGUACAGUAAUUGUCUUUUCUGUGACCCUCAUUCUUUAUAAUUUGCAGGCAGCAGUUCAUGCUCAGCUUCCAGAGCAUUUUAUUCAGGUUGAGGUCUGAAAUUACUGAGUACUAUUUUACAUUUUACACAGCGUGCUAAGAUUUUGGAGCAGCUUUCUGAUGUAGAUUUUCAGGAAUCAGUGUUCUAUAAGGUGAAACAUUAACUCUGUGACAGAUAAUAUCAUAUACUUUAACUUAGGGUCUUUAUUUCUGCAUUAUGGUUCUCUGCCCAGGGUGGUAUUGUCUGGGGCGUGUCAUAUGCCUACAGUUCUGGGCUAAACAAGCCCACUCAUCCCUUCUCCAACACCAUGCCUCACAGCUGCAGUGAGGUGUUUGCUGAGCUUGAUUGAUUUUUACUAAAAAUGUUUUUGUUUUGUUUUUUUUUUUGUUUUUCUGCAUUAUAACAAAACAUCAGUGGCCUUUUUAAUGCAUUGUUCCAUAUAGUCUUGUGGUUUGUUUAAAUGUAGGAAUCACAAGAAGUUGUCUCAUUGUGAAUUGUUUAAGCAACAUUUAUUUAUUUAUUUAUUUAUUUAUUUUACAAAAUGUAUUUAUUUAUUUGUUUGUGUUGAUAUUCAACACAAGAACACUCGCAACCUGCAACUUCCCCGAACUUUUGCUUUAUUCGGACGGUCGCCUUUGCUAUUUUUCAGGUAAUCUGGGACAUUUGAUGAGAAGCAAAAUGCUGUUACUCGUCAUUUGCAUUUACGUAAAGCAGCAAUAUUUUUCCUGGUUUUUCACACAGUGUUUCUGCAUAUUAAUUUAUGACACUAUAAGAUGUUAUGAGCCGUUACAUUUGAGCAGAGGCUAUUCACCGAAUUUUAAGACCUGUUAAAGACUAAGCGAUGCUUUAUUAUGUCCUCCUAACAAAAAAUUGAGAUAUUGUCCACACCAUUUUUUAGGAAAUGUCACUUAAAUGAUAAUAUGUGGUAAAUGUGCGGACAAAACUGUGCAUACUUAGAUCUAAGCAUCCAUGGCUACGAUAGUUAUGUCUGUUCCACGAGCACACGAAGCCCCAUUGUCUAAUUUUAGAGUACUUUGUUGUUUAAGUCUUUCAAAGGGGAUUUGUUGACAUUAAGAUAUAACAACACCAGCUUUACAGUUUUAUAUUUGUGUGUGUGUGUGUGUGCGUGUGUGUGUUUUAGACGUCUGCAUGUGUGAGCGACCAAAAACUUUCCAUAAUUAAAUCUGGUCCUACGUUGAAUUCGCCAAAACAAGAUCCUGUUGAGUUGAAGCCAACAAAAAGUACAUGGAAUCAUUUGGCUCCUGUGCGAAUAAUGUUGGCUAAAAACUGAAAAGAGCAAGCAACACUGAAAGCACAGAAUGACAAGGGAAUUACUGACAUAAGCACACGAUGGUAUUGAUCCAAACUACGUAUGUACGAGCAAUGCACAAAUGUAAGAGUCUCUGUCGAUGACUAAUAACAAGAGGUGUUGUUGGUAUAUGUGUCAAAUGAAAUGCAAUACGUCCAUGUUAUUAAUAAAGCAAAGGGAAAUUGCAGACUGUA